AUGUCGUCCCAAGGCUAUCCCCUCUUUUGCAUGGGCAACCCCCUUCUCGACAUGCUCGUCCCCCAGGGCGAAGCGUUGCUCGAGAAGUACACCUCCAAGCCAACGACGCCAUCCUCGCCGAAGAGAAGCACAUGCCGAUACCCCAGCUACGAGGAGCUCGUGUCGAAGUACAGCGACAAGCUCACCUACGUUCCUGGAGGCGCGGCGCAGAACGCUGCUCGCGGCGCCGCGUCGGUCGUCUACACUGGAAGCGUAGGUAGCGACGCCUUCGCGGAGCAGCUCGUCGCCGCAAACCAGCGCGCCGGGCUCGAUCAGGUCUACUACGUUGCCGACGGCGCGAAGACGGGGACGUGCGCGGUCGUCGUCACCGGCCACCACCGCUCGCUAGUGACCUACCUCGGCGCGGCGGAAAAGUUCGACCAGGCGCAUCUCUCCUCGCCCGCUGUCGCGCCGCUCGUCGACGCCGCCAAGGUCUUCUACUCCGCGCUCGAGGUCGCGAAGAAGGCGUCCGAGGCCGGCAAGAUCUUCGUCCUCAACCUCUCCGCUCCCUUCAUCCCCCAGUUCUUCGCCGUCCAGCUGCAGUCCAUCAUGCCCUACGUCGACAUCAUUAUCGGCAACGAGGCCGAGGCCGAGGCCUGGGCGUCCGCCUCCGGCCUCGCGGACAAGACCGACCUCGCCGCCGCGACGACGGUGAUCGUGGACACGAACGGGGCGGGGGACGCGUUCGCGGGCGGGCUGCUCGCGGGGCUCGUGCUCGGGAAGCCGAUCGAGGAGUGCGUCGAGAUGGGGCACAAGAUGGGUUCGAUGUGUGUGCAGCAGGUCGGCGCGCAGUACAAGUGGCCAAAGGUCCAGAUACUGUGA